AUGUUGCCCUUCCAGCUCUUGUGUCUCACCGCGGUGUGGACCGCCACCUCGACGGCGCGCUACAUCGUGCCAGGUGGACGGUGGCGUGACACAGACGGCAACCUGGUUAAUGCGCACGCGGGCAACGUGGUCCACGACCCGGCCAGUGGGAACUUUUUCUGGUUUGGCGAGUACAAGCUCGAGGGCCAGGUAGAGGGCGGCGGUGUGUCUGUCUACAGCUCCAGCGACCUCGCAACAUGGACUCACCAUGGGCUCGCUCUCGCUCCCAUCGAGGGUGACCCGUUGCUUGGCCUGGACAAGAUCAUCCAGAGGCCCAAGGUCGUCUACAGCGAGGUUACGAGCAAGUAUCACAUGUGGUGGCACGCCGAUAACUCUACCUACGGCCUCCUGUUGCAAGGUCUCGCCACCUCCGACAACAUCACCGGGCCUUAUGAGUUUGUCUCGGCGACCAAGCCUCUCGGCAACUGGUCACAGGACUAUGGACUAUUCACCGACUACAAAGAUGGACGAUCAUACGCCCUGUACUCAAAUGGUGACACUGUCGAAGGACGGGACGACUACAUCACGUCGUACAAUGACGCUGUCACUGAGCUGGACGAAGUCGUCUACCGCUUCAACAAAUUCGACCUCGAGGCACCGGGGAUCGUGCAGACAGACAACAGCUAUUACAUCCUCAUGAGCCACAAGACAGGCUACCGGCCCAACGACGUAGUCGCCUUCCGCGCCGACAGCCUCGCCGGACCCUGGAGCCAGCCCUUCACCGUCGCGCCUCUCAACACGCGCACCUACAACAGCCAGAGCGGCUUCAUCCUCCGGAUCAACGGCACAAAGAAGGUCACGAACCUGUACCUCGGCGACCAGUGGGACAGCAACUCCCUCUGGGAGAGCCGCUACAUCUGGCUGCCGAUCGAGAUCGACGACGAGAACAAGUCGCUCGAGGUAGUCUGGAACGACGUGUACGACCUGGACGCCGAAACGGGCGAGUGGAGCCCCGUGGAGGGCACGCCGUACUACGCCCACGACGCCGAGGUCGCGGGCGACGCGUUCCUGCAGGAGGCCAACUUCGCGAGCGGCGGGCUCAUCGCCACGGGCAUCUACGGUAACGAUAGUACCGUCACCUUCAGCGGUAUCGAGGGCACGGGCGAGCCGCAGUGGGUCUCGUUUCACUACCAGAACACGGACGACAUGGGCUUCGGCAACCAGCCGGGGGGCACCCCAGACCGCAUCGGCGGCAAGUGGCAGCUGCGGCGCAUCGCCAGCGUGGUGGUCAACGGAGACACGGAGAACGUCGAGACGCUGUUCCAGAGGGACACCAACAAGGGCAUCAUCCUGUCGACGCCGCUGCAGUUGACCUUGGAGAAGGGCAGCAACAACACCAUCACUGUGGGGGGCCUGUUCAACGGCUUUGACUACAAGGGUGCUGAUCUCGAACGUGUUGUGGUGUACCCGCCCGAGACGGCCAGCAACUUGACGGCGAGUGCGACGCGGCGAAGCUUCUAG